UCAUGUUAAAUUUUUGAUGACAGCGAAAACUGAUACAUGUCACAGAGAUGCCGUAAAGUAGCGUAGUAUGUGCAAGUUUUAUCCCUAAAACACUCUUUGAAAAUAUAAUUACAUUCACUCCUAGAAAGUCAAAGUUUACUUGAUAAAAUUUUAAAAAUCUUACCCUAGUAGGAAGACACACACAAUCAGUUACAUUACUCUAUCUCAAAAGUCUUCAGAGUAUAGGAUGGCAGAUGGAGAUCACUUUCCCGCAGGGCCAUUUGAUCCUUGUCAAAGGCAACUUUCUGCCCUAAAUGAAUCAGGUGACCAAGAGCUUGGAUACAGGCAGCUCGAGAUCCCCUCUGCCUCCACUGUGGCAGAACCAGAGGACGAGAUGACGUUCAUUGCGAAGACUUUCUACGACCUGAGGGCCACCACGCUGGAGGGAGACUCGGUGGACUUCAACGUCUUCAGAGGACGGGUGGUCCUCAUAGAGAAUGUGGCCUCGCUCUGAGGAACCACCACCCGGGACUUCAGCGAGCUCAACCAGCUGCAGAGCAAGUACCCCCAUCGGCUGGUGGUCCUGGGUUUUCCUUGCAACCAGUUUGGCUAUCAGGAGAACUGCACCAAUGGUGAAAUCCUGAAUUCACUGCAGCACGUGCGUCCAGGCGGAGGCUUCAAGCCCAUCUUUACCAUCUUCGAGAAGUGUGACGUCAAUGGAACAAGCACCCACCCAGUUUUUGCCUAUCUGAAAGACAAACUCCCCUAUCCCGAUGACGACCCAAAUUCUCUCAUUCAGGACCCCAAAUUUCUGGUUUGGAGCCCCAUCAGCAGGACGGAUAUCUCCUGGAACUUUGAGAAAUUCCUCAUCGGGCCAGAGGGAGAACCCUUUAAGCGAUACAGCAAAAAAUUCCCCACCAUUGACAUAGAACCUGACAUUCAAAGACUGCUAAGAUUAACUAAGACCUAAGAAUAGUCUCCAUCUCUUAAUGACUUCUCAUCCAUAACUCUCAAAGCUGUCAUGCUGUCCUCCACACCGUUGAGCCUUAUUAAAUGAGGGUGAUGUUCUAAAAAAGAAUAAGGGAAUAUCAUCGGAGGCCUUAUAAGUGCUUAACAGUUGUGGAUGAAUGAACAGUGUAGUUAAAAGUUUACGCAAAUGUACAUUAUGCAUGAGGCAAAUGAUCACUUUGAUGGGUUUUUUUUACGUCCUUUUGUUUCUUGUCCUUUUCCUGUUCGUCCAGCAGAUGGUGCUGCUGAUUUAAUCCUAAACUUCACCCGCGAAUUAACAUUCAUCACACACAUAAUGUUUGCACUGGAAUAAAACCUUCAAACCAAA